GACAGAGACAGACGCGGGGCUGCUGGGACGUGGAGUUCUUCACGGGAUGCGUGACAAGGAGAAAGGGGCCGGAUGGGAACAGCGCGUCCAGUUUGUUUAGUAAACUCUCUGCCCGGAAGAACCAAACAAGGCGUGGGACGUCCCCGGUCCAAGCCCGAGAUCCAGGCCAUGAUAGUCAUCAGCCCAAGUCUACGCCUGAUGUCGAGAAUGAAGACAACUCUUCCAUGACCUCCUUCGGUGUGGCCGUCCGAGGCCUCCCUCUGGCCUUGGCGUCCAUGACACAAGCUGCCGCCUCUGACUCACGCUUUCACCCAAAAUGGCGGGCGAUCACUUUGGUGACCCUGCUGGGAUUAGUGCUCAUAUUGUACCUGCACCUGACGGUAGGGGACAGAGACACUCCUACCAGAGGUUACUAUCGCAACAGGGCUCACAAUUUGGAACUGUACAGAGAGGGUCAGGAUGACAUCUUCAAGGACGCUAACAGACAAACUGGCCGUGGCCUUGAUGGCCGUCAGAAAAGGGAAAAACCUUACAAUGACACUUAUCCUUUAAGUCCACCCGAGAAGACAAGCAAAGGCAUCCGGUACCGCAUAGGUGUGAUCGCAGACCUGGACACAGCAUCACGCAGCUCUAAGGCUCAGACGUGGUUCAGCUACAUGAAAAGAGGAUAUCUGACAGUCUCAGAGAGCGCAGACAGACUGCAGGUGGAGUGGGACGCGGAGACCGUCACCCUGGAGAGUCAUCUGGCUGAGAAAGGACGAGGAAUGGAGCUGUCGGAGCUUGUGGCAUUCAACGGGCAUCUGUACACUGUAGAUGACCGUACAGGUGUGGUGUACAGGAUCGAGGGAAACCAGGCUAUUCCCUGGGUCAUAUUAACUGACGGCGAUGGGUCAGUGUCCAAAGGGUUCAAAGCAGAAUGGCUGGCAGUGAAGGACGAGCACCUGUACGUUGGUGGCCUGGGGAAAGAGUGGACCACGGCCACUGGAGUAAUUGUCAACAACAACCCAGAGUGGGUGAAAGUUGUUGGCUACCAUGGCGACGUGGAGCAUCAGAACUGGGUACCACACUACAAUGCACUGCGGAGUGCGGCAGGAAUCCAACCACCAGGCUACCUUAUCCACGAAUCCGCAUCGUGGAGCGAGCGUCUCCGGCGCUGGUUCUUCCUCCCUCGCCGUGCCAGCCACGAGCACUACGAUGAGGUGGCAGACGAGCGGCGUGCCACCAACCUCCUGCUGUCCUGCCCGGCAGACUUCAGCCACAUGAGUGUACGGCACGUCGGACCGCUCAACCCCACCCACGGCUUCUCCUCCUUUAAAUUUGUCCCAGACACGGACGAUCAGAUCAUUCUGGCCCUAAAGUCCGAGGAGGACGCGGGCAGGAUCGCCACCUACAUCAUCGCGCUCACACUUGACGGUCGCGUGCUGAUGCCCGAGACAAAGAUCGGGGACGUGAAGUAUGAAGGGCUUGAGUUUAUUUGAAAGCGACAGGACUAAAGGUGCACAUGUUCCUGAAAGCAAACUUUGCAGGGGUCCUUCAUGUUUCAGAGGAUAAAGAACUGAACUAUUUAUAUGCAACACUGUUGUUUUAAGUUUUAAGUAUACAUUCUCAUCUCUGUUCUACUGUGCAAUACUUUAUGACACAAACUUUUAUAUUUCAUAAUUAUAUUAAGAUGACUGAGAGGUGCAACCGAAGAUAAAAGUGCAGGAGAGAGCCACACAGCCAGGGGAAAACAAAUAAGUCCUAUCAGCUGCAGACCUAUAUGUGACUGAUGUUAGACAGCAGUGACUGUCAGCCCACAGCAGUCACCACCAAAUAAGAUUUUAAACUAACUUAAGUCAGUGCAGGUAAAAUUAUGGAAGCCUAUUUCUGCCACUUAGUCGAAAAAAAUCUUGUAAAUCAUUAGAACGAGAAUCCUUCUCAAUAUAAUGACUUACUGUCUGGAGAUUAACACGUUUAUAUCCCAAAUUAAUGAGUGACCAAUGAUUUCCCCGUACUAUUUUAUAUAUUUUUACUUUUUAAUCUCAUUUGAUUUAGCAUCUUUUUUUGUUUCACUGGUGGAUAUUGGCUUCCUUAUAAAAGAAUACAGUCUCUUCAUGGAGUUCCGCAGGACUCGCACACAUUAGAUGUGUUAAUGCUUGACAGUGGGUGUGCCCAAUAUUUUGUGCUGUCGCAAUCAUUUUAACAACAAUUUAAUUCUUGAGACAUACAACAUAGUUAGCUUUCAUGCUAACAUGCUAUGCUAGUUAUCAAUACUAUGCUAAAGAGAGGUAAGUGGUAUAAAAUAAAAUCCACAACCAGAUGAACACCAGGGUCACCAGCUGCCUCUGCCUCCUCUUUGAAUCAACAUUAACAUACAAACGGUAUUAAAGGGAUUUGAUUGGCUGGUGCCUUCACUGCCAUAUAAAAAGUUUAGGGCUACACAACCACACAGCACGAUGAACAUGUAGCAACGAAACCACAAUGCAGAUCGCCAGCGAGGGCCCCACCCACAGCAUUUCCAUUAAAUAUUUCAACACACUCAUGCGAGUCCUGCAUUAGACCUCCUGGUUUGAUGAGACACUUCUGACAUAGAUAUCCACCAGGUCGAUGUGGACCUCCUCCACUGCAGCUGAACUCUGCUGGUGGUGAAACACUCAGGGGAACAAGGUGAAACAGCAAGUUCCAAAGCAAAAAGAAAUGAAUGUCCUUAAAUUACUUGAAAUAUUGAACUUAUUUGUUGCUUUUAGAUUUUACUUUGACCUUUUAAGACACUUGUUUCUCUUAUUAAUUUUGUAUUGAUUUAUAUAUUAAUGGGUACAGCCAUUAUCUUUUUUAUUAUAGCAAACUCUUCUGUUAACCAUGAUAAAUUAUUCUGGGCAAGUCCUGCUCAAUUGUUCACUCUCAUUUUAAUAAACUGAAUAUUAUCAGCUUUUCAAACCAGUAGACGGAAAAACCAGCGACUUUAUACAAAGAUAAACAAUUAAUAUAUUCAUUUUGUAUCAUCUGAAAAUACGUAUUAAAAUGUCUUCUUUUCUUUAA